GUCCUGAGGAACUGAGACCCAUGAAGGAUGGUACUGGCUGCUUUGACUACUCCAGAGGGAUUGAUUGUUCUGAUGGCUUCAACGGUGGUUGUGAACAGCUGUGCCUGCAGCAGACUCUUCCUCUCCCAACGGACCCCCUGUCCAGCACCAUCCACAUGUUCUGUGGCUGCGUUGAGGAAUACAAGCUGGCUCCAGAUGGCAAAUCCUGCCUCAUGUUAUCAGACAUUUGUGAAGGGUCCAAAUGCCUCAAACCAAAUACAAAAUUCAACGACACUCUCUUUGGGGAGAUGUUGCAUGGCUACAACAACAGAACCCAACACGUCAACCAAGGGCAGGUCUUCCAGAUGACAUUCAGGGAAAAUAAUUUCAUCAAGGACUUUCCCCAGUUGGCUGAUGCACUGAUGGUGAUCCCCCUGCCAGUGGAAGAGCAAUGCCGUGGUGUACUCUCCGAGCCUCUGCCUAACCUUCAGCUGCUCACUGGUGAUAUUCGGUACGACGAAGCCAUGGGUUACCCUAUGGUGCAGCACUGGAGGGUGCGAAGCAACCUGUACAAAGUGAAGCUUAGUACCAUUGCCCUCUUGGCAGGAUUUUCCAACACCCUGAAGAUCCUGAACAAGGACAGCAGCCGGGAAGAGUUGCUGACCUUCAUCCAGCAGUACGGCUCCCACUACAUAGCGGAGGCCCUGUACGGCUCUGAAUUCAGCUGCGUCAUCCACUUCCCAAGCAAGAGGGUUCAACAGCAGCUGUGGUUUCAGUAUCAGAAAGAAACGACAGAACUUGGCAACAAGAAGGAGCUGAAGUCCAUGCCAUUCAUUACUUACCUGUCAGGCCUGCUGUCUGCCCAGAUGCUGUCGGAUGAACAACUGAUCACAGGUGUGGAGAUCCGCUGUGAAGAAAAGGGGCGCUGCCCUUCCACAUGCCACUUGUGCCGGCGGCCGGGCAAAGAGCAGCUCAGUCCAACACCUGUGCUUCUGGAGAUUAACCGCGUGGUCCCCCUGUACACACUCAUCCAGGACAACGAAACUAGGGAGGCUUUCAAGGGGGCCCUCAUGAGCUCGUACUGGUGCUCAGGAAAAGGAGAUGUGAUUGAUGACUGGUGCCGAUGUGACUUGAACGCCUUCGAUGAGAACAGCCUCCCCAACUGCAGCCCCCUCCACCAGCCGGUAUUGCGACUGUCCCCCAAUGUGGAACCUUCUAGUACCGUCGUCUCGUUGGAGUGGUUGGAUGUUCAGCCUGCCAUUGGAACCAAAGUCUCGGACUACAUCCUCCAUCAUAAGAAGGUUGAUGAAUACACCAACACUGAUCUCUACACAGGAGAGUCCUUGAGCUUUGCCGAUGAUUUGCUGUCUGGCCUUGGAACAACCUGUGUGGCUGCUGGCAGAAGUCACGGGGAUGUCCCUGACACGAGCCUCUACUCCGUCAUUUUCAAGUGCCUGGAGCCAGACGGACUCUACAAAUUCACCCUGUAUGCAGUGGACACACGAGGAAGGCACUCUGAGCUGAGCACCAUCACCCUGCGAACAGCAUGUCCUUUAGUGGAUGACAGUAAGGCAGAAGAGAUUGCCGAUAAGAUCUACAAUUUGUACAAUGGCUACACCAGUGGGAAGGAGCAGCAGACAGCCUACAACACGCUGAUGGAGGUGUCGGCAUCAAUGCUUUUCCGCGUCCAGCACCAUUACAAUUCCCACUAUGAGAAGUUUGGGGACUUUGUGUGGCGCAGUGAGGAUGAACUCGGCCCCAGGAAAGCUCACCUCAUCCUGAGGAGGCUAGAAAAGGUCAGCAGCCAUUGCUCAACCUUGCUCCGCAGCGCCUACAUCCAGAGCCGUACCGACACCGUGCCCUACUUGUUCUGCCGCAGCGAAGAGGUCCGGCCGCCUGGCAUGGUCUGGUACAGCAUCCUCAAGGACACCAAAAUCAUGUGCGAGGAAAAGAUGGUCUCCUUGCUGCGCAACACGUACGGCGAGUCAAAGGGGCGAUGAGAGAAGGCGACUGGCCUAGCACACAUGAAAGACUAGACAGGCGCACGGACUCUGCGGAGUCGGGAACUUGUAGCAUCCUGGAAUUUGGGGAAAGAAGACCACAUGGGACUUCAAAACGUGGACAGCAGCAAAUUGCAAGAUUGGCAAGAUGUGUUCUCUCUCUUUUUUUUGUCAAAUCCCUUUUUUUAAACGGAAGUACAUAAUUUUACUCCAUUUAAAAAAGCCUCUCCCUUUUAUUAAGUUUUUCCCCUUAUGAAAUCUCUAGCCUACAUGCCCAGAGGCCAGGAUGAAGAGGGACGGCGGAAACCGAACAGUGGGAAGGGGGAGGGGACAUGGUAGCGAAGGGGAUCCAUAGCUCUAAUGACGAGAUUGGGAUAGAGCUAUGGACCCAUAUGGAGGCCUUACCCACAACGGGGUCUCUGAUGAGUUGUGUGUGGUAAGUGAGGAGCCAGGAGAAACUACAAUGUAGAGGAGGCACCAUCCGGAAAGUAAAAGUGACGCCGUUUAAGAACCAGGCAGGUGCAAAAGACUUUGCUGGCGAACUUUUUAAAAUAAUCAUUUAGAACGAGUGAAAAUGCUCCAGGUUUACAGAACUGCUGCUUGGGCAGCCAUCUUUAGCAGGGUCCUGACAAGUUUAUCUGUGCAUUAAAACAUUCAUAUUACUUCCA